UUCAGCUCAGUCAGUAGGUCUCGCGAACCAACAUGCGUCGCACGCGCACUCUCACAACCAACACUCUCGCGUGUUAACGAAAGUUCCAUAUCUCCGCGAAGUUUUUAUUAAACAAACAUGCUUAUCACUGUGCUAACAGGUGCGUUUUUAGCUAUAGUUACACACACAAGUGCAAGUGAAACUCUGAAAUGUUGUCCAGAAGGCAGCUUUACGCGCCGAAACUCAACCGGCAACCCGUAUUGCUUCGAUCCUGUGGCGAAAAGGAAAGUGGAAGUGUCGCUGCGGUGUGACGUCAUAAGUGUGUUGCACGAAUCAACGAACUUUUCAGUGAAUGAGCGCGGACAGCUGGAGCUGUGGGACGACGAGCACCGGUAUCCCGCUAAGGAGCCCGGCACGUUCUGUCUGGGCGUGCUGAAGCCGCCCGGGCGCAACGCGACGGCGGCGGCGGCGGCGUGCCUCGAGCCCGCGCCGCCCGCGCUGGUCAGCCAGGAGGUCGAGGGGUUCUGCUUCUGGGUGUCUGCGGCGUUUCUGGCUCUUACCACCGCCAUAUACCUCUGUCUCCCGGAGCUCAGGGAUUUCGAAGGAUGGAGUAUCAUCAACCUCUGCGGCAGUCUGGGAGCCGGGUUCUUAAUAUUUGCCAUCAUAAAAACACUGGAGUACCAAGACAUGACGUGGUGCGGUGUGAGAGGUUUCCUGGCGUAUUUUUUCAUAGUGGCUGCCUUUCUAUGGAUGACCGCCCUGGCAAUACAAGUCUUAAAUAGCUUUAGACAAACGAGCCCGCGUCCCUUGCUCAAGAGAGAAUUUUUCGCCUACGCCGCGUGCGCGUGGGGCCUCGCAUCGCUGAUGACGGCCGCCAUGGCCACCGUGAACUACGUGGAGGGAAGCCACAGCAAGCCGCGCAUCGGGAUCGACUUCUGCUGGUUCAAUAACGAAUUAGACAAAAGCCAGCAAUGGAUCUACUUCUACAGCGUGAUGCUGAUCUCGAUCGCGAUCAACACGAGCAUAUUCAUCUACAUCUCCGCGUGUCUGAGGAAGCACAAGUUCUCCUCCAGUACCAUCACUGCUCUACGAUACAGGUUUAACCUCAUGCUGCGCUUGUUCUGCCUGAUGGGUCUCCCUUGGAUCUUCGAAAUACUGUCCUCUACGUUUCCGAACUACGUUGUUCUAGAAGCGCUAGCAUUCCUCAACUCCCUAGUCGGGCUCUCCUACUUCCUGUUCCUGGUGGCCCUCCGUCGGCGUGUGGUGAAGGCGCUGCAGCGGCGCGGGUGGCUCGGCCGCUGCGGGGCGCUGGCGGAGCGGCACCUGGCGCGCGCUGAUGAUGAGGAGGCGGGGGACGUCGCCGCCACCGUCGUCGUGCCACUUGAAGCUACGGCUAAUGGCAACCAUUGAAUGGGGAAAGUCUGG